AUGCCGCAGCCGGCCAACGAGUCUUGGGGGCCCGGCCGUCCGGGCCCGGAGGCGGUGGCGGUGCCGGCCUUGUUCGGGCUCAUCUUCGCGGUGGGCCUGGUGGGCAACGCGCUGGUCGUGCUGGUGAGCUGCCAGGCGGGCGCGAGCGCGAGGCGGCGCACGGCGGCGCCGGGGGUCCGGAGAGGGAGCAACCCGACCGACGUGUUCAUCUUGAACCUGAGCUUGGCGGACCUGCUGUUGCUGCUUUUGUGCGUCCCGCUGCACGCCAGCGUCUACUCCCUCCCCGGGUGGCCCUACGGGGGCUUCGCGUGCACGUCGGGCCACUUCCUGGCGUCGGUGAGCGUCCUGGUGAGCAUCCUGACGCUGGUCGUCUUGUCCGCGGACCGCUACGUGGCCGUGGUUCUGUCGGGCCGGUGCCGCUACCGGACGCGCUCCGCCGCGCUGCUGUGCGUCGGCCUCAUCUGGACCUUGGCGCUGGCGUGCUCGGUGCCGGUGGCCCAGAACCACGUGCUGACCGGGCACCCCGGCGCCCCCAACCUGACCUUCUGCUGGGAGGUGUGGCGGUCCGGACGGGCCCGGAGAGCCUACAAGGCCGCCGCGGUCGUGCUCGGCUUCCUGCUGCCGCUCGUGCUCAUCUGCUGCUCUUACGUCACGGUUUUGUUUCAUCUUCACAAAAAGAUGAAGAACAUAUCCCAAAAGUCUGAACGUGUCAAACAAAAGACGACGCAGACGGUCUUCCUGGUCAUCGCCGCCUUCCUGAUUUGCUGGAUCCCGCAUCACGUGAUCAUCAUGUGGGCGGAGUUUGGCCGCUUCCCUCUGACGGACGCGUCGUUUGUCUUCCGCAUCGCGUCCCACUGCCUGUCCUACGGACACGCCUGCGUCAACCCCGUCCUCUACGCCUUCCUAUCCCACAAGUUUCGCCGCAGCUGCUGUCAGCUACUGGCCUGCCGCCGCCCCGGCGCGUCGCCCCCGGGAGGCUCGGAGGUGCGCCUGCGUAUGGACAACCUGCCCAGUACGCCCUCUACCACCAACAUAUGA